AGGAACACCUGUGACCACAUCAAACAUAAGCCACAGCUCUCCACAUCUGGAUCCCAUGCCCAACCUCAACCUCACCGCCAUCGUCGCAUCGCUCAGAUGCUUGCUCUCACCUAGCUCCUUGGUACCUUCCCUGCAUGUGCGAGAUAUACGUUGUGUCGAUUGGAAGGAACUCAAAGGGAAAGGAUACAUUGGCGUAGUGAUCGACAAGGACAACUGUAUCACCAAGCCAUACCACGAUCAACUGGUUCCAGAAUUACAGCACGCCUGGCAGUCCUGUCUUGCCACCUUUGGUAACCUGGGUGUUCUACUUGUUAGUAACUCUGCGGGGACGGCCGACGACCCGGCGCUGAUCCAGGCCGAAUCUGUUGCUCGUCAUCUCGGCGUACCCGUCUUGGUUCAUGCGACCAAAAAACCUGGCCAGCAAGUCGUCAAAGCGAUCGAGAAAUACUUUACGAAAGACUAUCGACUCGUGCCUGUGAUUUAUCCUUCCCGCCGGUCGAGUUGUGGGCCGCCGGUUUCCUCUCGAUGCCACUCUAAUCGGACACCGUUGAAGUUAGUCGUCAUCGGAGACCGAGUGACGACCGAUAUCAUCUUAGCCUCCCGCUUACGAAGCCAUCUACAGAGAAAUCAAUCCACUCCGACUUCGUCAUCUCUAACCGAUUCGAAUCCGAUUUUUUCGGUACUCACUCAGGAAAUAUGGCAGAAAGAGAAACCUGGCACUCGGUUCAUGAGAUGGGCUGAAAAUCGAGCCUUGAAACUCGUCAUGCAGUCCUCCACUCGAAGCUCAACACUCAUUGGAGGGCAAUCAUCUUCUCCCUCAUCAAGACUUCCCAACCUCAUGGCGUUUCCAAAACAACUCUCCAUAACAUUCGAGCAAUCCCUGUCUUCUUCUUCGCAGGCCUUCUCAAAGGCUCAGCAAGCCAAGGAACAUCUGCAGAAGAAAUAUGAUUCAAUUUCUGUCAAGCUGAAACAGAUAAGCGAAGAGCCGCUCUCGACGAUCAUCCGAAGCGUUUUAGUCAACAUACAAGAUAGGCUAGCCAAUCAACUGGCUCAGCUGUUGACCGGCCUCGGACGGAGAUGGAUCGAAUUCAAGACUACUCUCCAACAACACCUAAUCAGAAUACUCGAAAACUUGAAAACCAAGGCACUUCGAGCGCUCAUCCAAUCAGCAAACAAACUUCAACUCAAGCUCAAACCAUUCAACCUGUUUGAUCCUGCAUCACUAGGCUUCAAGACCCCACUGUUCAUCCAAAACUUGUCCAAAUGGAAACAGCUGAAAUAAUCGAUUCAACAUGUGUACUUCUCUCUCACAUCUUCCAAUUCUCAUGGUGCAUCCAACGAAAACUGUUCUCUUGGAAACCUCAAGAAGCUUUGGCAUGUUUGUGAUUCAUGUGACCCUCUGUUGGUAGAUCUAUAAGUAUAUCCUCAAACGCUCUUCUCGGCCUGUCAAGUAUUUUGAUCCGCUGGUUAUUGUUCGCUUCCUGUAUUGCAUAAGUCCCAUAUCCCAUCUCUGAUCAGUUGACUGAAAUCUAAGUUAUAUCCAUUCCUAAC